GGGGAGGGGUUUACAUGGGUUUCUACUUAUUUAUAUACGAAAUCACAGCUAACUAAGUGGUUACAUGAUCUUGUAGUCAUCUAUAUUCAAUGCUCUAGCCAGUUACAUAUCUUAGUAUUCAUCUGUUUAUGAUAUUAUCGAGCUUGCUUGACCAUUACAUAAUUUUGUAGUCAUGUACACUCGAUAAUACCGAAGCUGGCAAGCUAUAUAAACUUUAAUAAUCUAUAUCUAGUCAUACAAUGAAUGCGACUUGGCCAUUACAUAAUAUUGUAGUCAUCUAUACUCUUGACACUUUUUAAGGUUGAUGGGACUACACAAAGUUUUGUAGUGCUUUAUACUCGAUAUUUUUGUAACUGUCCGGGUAUUUAUUUAUAAUUUUUCAUCAUGCAGAACGUAUGCUUGACACGUUGAUUAGGACGUGUCUCGCGAUGGUUGUGUGCAUGAAAUUGAUCGAACACAUGUCAUGUGUCAAAUGUAAAUAAAUACCGGCCUAUCCUCCCCUUCACGGUAGAGGGAUUUCUUCUGCUAGUAAUGCACUUUAUAGAUGGUUUUAAUUUAUACUUAAGAGUGUUUCUUUGUUGCUGGUGAUGAUGUCUGGUACGAUUUUUAAGAGGGACAGAAGAUGGAAAAUCAAAAGAUCGUUGGUGAGUUUGACAAAAGACAGGCUUGCGGCCAGGACCAAAAAUGGAGAGAUCCCGAUCCGAGCCUGCUGUGAACAAGAAACAGAGAUUGAUCAUGUCACACAAACAAAAUACACACAAGAACUCAUUAACAGAACGGUAGUACUACCCAUUCAUUACGAUGUCAGAACCUCAUUUAACCAUUCAUUAUUAUGUGAAGAAAUCAUCUGCAAAAGGAAGAGCCUUGUUUCUCUGUCCUUUCUUUGCUUGGAUGAAGAGCAAACAAGGGGUGCAGCUAGAUAAAGUGCUCAAUGUGCAGAUAAUUCGUGCGCUGGAUGUGCUUUGGAUGCGGAGACGAGACGAGCAUGCUAGGCUAAGUAUGUUAGGGAAGGAGGAUGUGCCGGCUUUCAUCUCUUUCAGCAGGCGCAGAGGCUGCUGCCCCCCAUCUUGCAAUUGGAUGCAAAUAUCAAAUCUAGGGGCGAUCAGAGCCAUAUAUGCAUGACUUGUUUGGCAUUUACAAUACACUGAGAGAAGUGUGCGGAGAUGAGAAGCGAUAGUGCCACAUCAGCGGCCACCUCGUGUUAGACGGUUCGUCCACAUAUCCGGAAACAAAAUGGAUCCGGAUAUGGGUGCCAUCUGAGACUGGUUAACAGUCUACUACUACUACUAUUUUAGUGUUGUACUACUAUUUAGAGUUUUUUGUUUACAUAUAAAGUUUAUACUUUGAGCGAUAGUUUGUAUAGAUGAAAAUAAGAUACGUUAAAGGAGGAACGUUUACUUUGAAGGAUUAGUCUUGAUAGAUAAAAAUAGUAAGGUUAAUCAUUUGUUUAUUUUGAUGGAUUGAAAUUUUGGGAUAUUUCAAGAUCCUUGAUUAUUUUUA